AGGGAGGCAGGGAGAGAGAGGGGGGAGACAGAGAGAAAGAGAGAAAGGAAGGAAGGAAGGGAGUCGGUUGGCCACGUCUAGAGGUGCAUGUGUCGGUCAGGACAUCCCUCUAUCCUCUGGGACCUCCGGAAUCCUGGGUAUCCUGGCCUCGAUCAGUUGCUAAGUCAAAGCCAUCCUUCGGACUCCCGGUGUGGGGCUCUCCUCCCACGCGCUGCCUCCGCCUCUAACGGUUCGUGGGCUUCGCGUCCCCUGAUCCCGGGUGGCUCAGUUCGAAGCUUCCCCGCACCUGGGGGUGCAGGCGGGGAGGAGGCGGCUUGCUACAGCGGAGACUGGGACCACCACAACGUCACCCUGGGCAAGUCGCCCCCGGCCUCCGUUUCCUCCUCUGUAAAAUGGGGGGGCGGGGCCAGCCCGUCCCCCCAGGCACACAGCAGGCGCUUAGCGCUUCCUGGCCGCGGUGACGCGUUGAUUACAGGGUGACCGUGGCGGCCCCGCUCCUCGGGGGUCCCUCAGCGGCCCCCAGCCCGGGGCGGGGAGGGCCCCGGAGGCGCCACCGCCACCGGCGUCGUCGUCGUCACGGAGCCGGCCUGCCCCGCCUCCGGGCGGGGCCAGCUCCCCCCUCCCCGACGGCGCUGACUCAGCAACGCGAGGGGCGAGGUUUGUCCCUCGGCGGACCCCGUUUAUCCCUCCGGCCUCGCCGGGGCCGAGUCCGUUUCCUCUUUCCGGCGCUCCGGGUGUCCGCGAGCCCCAUCCCGCCGCUUGCCCCGCUCGCCCCGGCCCUGCUCCGCCUGACCCCAGCGCCGGCCCCCGCCCGCCGGAGCCAGACCCGGACCGGACCCGGACCAAGCGCCGCCCCCGGCCGGCCUCGGGACCCCCGGACAGCGACCGUUACGAGGCCGCGCGCGCGCUGCCGUCGCCAUGAACGACGCGAUGAGUGAUCGUCCUGCGGGGCUGAGCCUCAGGAAGGUGGCUGCCAUCACCCGGAAGCUGAACAGCGACCCCUUGUUCUCCCUGGCCCAGAACGUGGGGAGCACCCACGACCUGCUGGACGUUUGUCUGCGGCGCUCCACAGUGCAGGACACGCAGCAUGUCUUCCAGCACGCUGUGCCUCAGGAAGGCAAGCCUGUCACCAACCAGAAGAAUUCCGGGAGAUGCUGGAUCUUUUCGUGUCUAAACGUUAUGAGACUUCCUUUUAUGAAAAAGUUAAAUAUUGAAGAAUUUGAAUUCAGUCAGUCUUAUCUGUUUUUCUGGGACAAGGUCGAACGCUGUUAUUUCUUUUUGAAUGCCUUUGUUGAAACAGCCGAGGAGCCGGAGGAUGGAAGGCUGGUGCAGUACUUACUUACUAAUCCUGCAAACGACGGUGGACAAUGGGAUAUGUUAGUCAAUAUCAUUGAAAAAUAUGGGGUUGUUCCUAAGAAGUGCUUCCCUGAGUCUCAUACAACGGAGGCGUCUAGAAGAAUGAAUGACAUUCUGAAUCACAAGAUGAGAGAAUAUUGUAUACGACUUCGAAACUUGGUAAAAAGUGGAGCAACAGAAGAAGAUAUUUCUGUCACCCAGGAUGCCAUGAUGGAAGAGGUCUUCCGAGUGGUCAGCAUCUGCUUGGGCACCCCACCAGACAAAUUUACCUGGGAGUAUCGAGACAAGGAUAAGACAUACCAUAAGAUUGGACCCAUCUCACCCUUGGAGUUCUACAGGGAACAUGUCAAGCCUAUCUUCAAUGUGCAGGACAAGAUUUGUCUAGUGAAUGACCCCCGGAGUCAGCAUAAGUACAACAGGCUGUACACCGUGGAAUAUUUGAGUAAUAUGGUUGGUGGCAGAAAAACCUUGUACAACAACCAGCCCAUUGACUUCUUGAAGAAGAUGGUGGCAGCCUCCAUUAAAGAAGGAGAGGCCGUGUGGUUUGGCUGCGAUGUGGGAAAACACUUCAACGGGAAGCUGGGCAUCAGCGACAUGCAGAUCUAUGACCACGAGCUGGUGUUUGGUGUGUCCUUGAAGAACAUGAACAAAGCAGAGAGGCUGACCUUUGGUGAAUCCCUGAUGACCCACGCCAUGACCUUCACGGCCGUCACGGAGGAUGCUAAUGAGGGAACAUAUGAAAAAUGGAGAGUGGAGAAUUCCUGGGGUGAAGACCAUGGCCACAAAGGCUACCUGUGCAUGACAGACCAGUGGUUCUCCGAGUACGUGUAUGAGGUGGUCGUGGACAAGAAGCACGUGCCUGAGGAUGUGCUCGCCGUCCUGAAGCAGGAGCCCAUUGUGCUUCCGGCCUGGGACCCCAUGGGGGCUUUGGCCAAAUGACUCCCACGAUCUCCAAUUCUCACU